GUAUUAAAAAGAAUAGAAACAACCAACGUUGAAUUGGAAUAUGUUUUAUGCACACAUCAUCAUUAUGAUCAUUCAGGUGGAAAUAUUCGAAUGAGAGAAUUAAAACAAAAUAUCAAAGUGGUCGGAUCAGCAUAUGAACCAACCCCAGGUGUAAACGAGAAAGUAUACGACGGUCAAAUUAUACGUUUAG